GGAGAUGGAUUUAUUCAAAUAGCGCAUGCGCAUAGGUCAUCGUAUAUCGUCCCGCCUGCGGACGAACCGAAUAAAUCGAACGACGCCGAGCCGAUCAGCAGUACGGUGCUCGCUGGAUGCGACUGUUUCGCGUUAGUGAUGAUCAAAACGAGUUGUCGUCGUCGUUGUUUGUGGCAUUUCGCGAAGUCGAAGAAGCCGUGAUCCGUGAUCAAAAGCUCGAGACGGAGAAGAGGCCGAGGACACGCAUCGUCUCUCGUUGCCGCGGCCACGGAUGCAUAUGGAGACAAUGUAUAGAGAGAUUUGGAGAUCAAGGAGGCUAUUUUGAUGUUGUUGUAAGACCUAUGUUACAACAAGGACAUGAAGGAGAAUUAUGUGGCUGGUUAAAAGAAAUGAGUUUAAUUAGAACUGUUUCUACUUGUCCACAUCCUGAAUGUAAAGGAAGAAGUUUGGCUUGGAAUCAAGCAAGAAUUGUAGAUAAAUAUAGUUGGUCUUGUCCUAAUUGUACAAGAAAACAAUCUAUUAGAGAAAAUUCAUUUUUUGUUGGAGUUAAAUGUGACCUGAAAAUGUGCCUUCAAUUGAUAUUAGGAUGGUGUCAAAUGAUACCUAGUGAACACACUGCCAAUUAUUUAGAUAUAAAAAAACAUGUAGUUAAGAAAGUAUAUGAGAGAUGUGAUGAAGUUUCUGAAAAUUAUGUAACAAGUCAUCCAGAAGAUUGGGUUCUAGGAGGUCAAAGUGCAAUAUUAAUUGUGGAUGAAUUUCCUAAUGGCUAUAUGACUGAAAAUCCUUCUGAUAUAACUAGUGCUAAGAAACGCAACAAUAACUCUCAUACAAUAGUAUGUAUAGCAGAAGCAAAUACAAUACCAACUAGAAUGUGGUUUCAUAUGAUUGAAGCAUUUCCAGAGCCAUUGAAGAUAGAUAAAUCACAAUGUGAUAUUGAUAAAUGCAACAUGGUUAAAGAAGCUUUAAAAGAGAUUGCAAAACACAGUGCUCCUGGUAGUUAUAUUGUAGCAAAUAAUCGAGCUCGUUGUUGCAGUUUUGAAUUGCUACAAGAAUUAAAACAAUAUAAAGUAAUUAGCGUAGAACAACUCCAGAAAUUUGAUCCACCAGGAAAAAAUAAACUUCUUAAUAAUCUAGAAACAAUUUGGCAAACUGGUGUUGAGAUUUGCGAAGAAAUUCAAGAAACUACACACACUCUAGGACAACGUAUAAUAUCGAAGCAUUUAUGGAGGCAAAGAUUCGGUACGUCUCCUUCUACAGCAUUUCAAUAUAUGCUUAAUCAUAUCGCAGAAUGUUACCGCUUUGUUUAAAUUGAUUUAUUAUUAUUCUAAGUAGCGUAUUUUUCUACACUGAAAAGCAAUAUCAAAUGCUAGUGAGUAACUUCUUUUUUUUGACGAUAUGAUUUUGUAAAAUAAUUUUAACACAAAUUAACAUACCAUAAGUAUAAUAUUGAUUAUUAAUUGAAUCGAUAUUUUAUAUCCUCUAAAAUAUACGCGUUAUGUUUUGCAGUAGCAAUGGCCUUGCUAAUAAUAGAAAAAAAUAUU